UGUGUGAGGGGGGUGUACAUGAGAUCAGAAGUGUCUCUGCCAUUUAGAGUCACCAGCUCUUGUCAGGAAUGUCCGUCCCCUGCGCGCACAGAUCAUGUACUGGAUGCGCCCACUUUAUUUUUAACCCGGCAGGGUGGGUCAGUCGCUGGCUUUCGGGAAUGACCGUGGAGCGCGCGGCGCCUACAGCCCCUUUCCCUCGUCCCCCCGUGCAGGACCGUGCCCUCCUCGCGCUGUGGAGACCUCCGUCCACUCUGACCAGGACCCCCGCUGCUUCAAUGGGAUUAUAAUUGCUUUAUUGGCAGGGAGAAGACUCAGCAUAAACACUUUGGGACAGGACAACAUCCAGAAGCAAACCCAGAGCCACAGUUGGCAAUAUUUGGUGUGGCCCGAAGAGAUCUGUCCCAGACUCAUGCUUUGGCCUUUUCAUCAGAGCCAGACGUCAUUCUGUACAACUGGAAGUUUAAUCUGGAGCUGCAGCGUAACUUAUAGCCGACAGGGUGACCUGCUGUGAGUGAGGUAUAUAAAGAGCUCUGUCUCCUGCUCAAGGACACCACGAGAGGACACCUCCCUAUUGACAGACACACUGGCGGUGGCAGGCGGUGAACUCUCUGUCACAGGACUGUCUAUAAACUACCUCCUUUAUUUGAAGUCCAUCAUAUCAUUUCAUCCCCUCCAUUUAUUCCCCUACACACCCAGUUCACCUGAGGACGCCGCUUGCCGUCCCCUCACCCGCUUGCCACACUGGCUACCGCCAUGACUUCCACCACGGACUUUGACAAUGCGGAGAUCACGCAGCAGUACAGCCGCAUCAACACCCGCUUCGAUGUCACCGACGAGGAGCUGGACAAUGACAACAGCUCCGCCAGGCUGUUUGAGCGCUCGCGCAUCAAGGCCCUUGCAGAUGAGCGUGAGGCGGUUCAGAAGAAGACCUUCACUAAAUGGGUCAACUCGAUCUUGUCCCGGGUUGGCUGUCGCAUCUCUGACCUCUACCUGGACCUGCGGGACGGACGCAUGCUCAUUAAACUGCUGGAGGUGCUGUCCGGCGAACGACUGCCAAAACCCACUAAGGGCCGAAUGCGUAUCCACUGUUUGGAAAAUGUGGACAAGGCACUGCAGUUCCUCAAAGAGCAGAGGGUCCACCUGGAGAACAUGGGCUCCCAUGACAUCGUUGACGGCAACCAUCGCCUCAUCCUCGGCCUUAUCUGGACCAUCAUCCUUCGCUUCCAGAUCCAGGACAUUAUUGUGGAAACGGGCCAGGAGGACCAGAAGGAGACGCGCUCGGCCAAGGACGCUCUUCUUCUGUGGUGUCAGAUGAAAACGGCAGGAUAUCCCAACGUCAACAUCAAAAACUUCACCACCAGCUGGAAAGACGGCAUGGCCUUCAACGCGCUCAUACACAAACACCGGCCAGAUCUGGUGGACUAUGGCAAUCUGAAAAGGUCCAACCCAACCCAUAACCUCCAGAGCGCCUUCAACGUAGCAGAGCAGCAGCUUGGCGUGACCAAACUGUUAGACCCUGAAGAUGUGUUCACAGAGAACCCAGAUGAGAAGUCCAUCAUCACGUACGUCGUCGCAUUUUACCACUACUUCUCGAAGAUGAAGCAGCUCGCCGUCGAAGGCAAGAGAGUUGGAAAGGUUCUGGAUCACGCCAUCGAGACGGAGAAGAUGAUCGAUAAGUAUGAGACGCUGGCGUCAGACCUGCUGACGUGGAUUGAGCAGACCAUCAUCGUGCUGAACAACAGGAAACUUGCCAACUCUCUGACUGGAGUUCAGCAGCAGCUUCAGGCCUUCAACACCUACCGCACUGUCGAGAAGCCGCCCAAGUUUCAGGAGAAGGGGAACCUUGAGGUGCUGCUGUUCACCAUUCAGAGUCGUAUGAGAGCCAACAACCAGAGGGUCUACACACCUAAAGAGGGAGCUCUGGUUGCUGAUAUCAACAGGGCCUGGGAGCGUCUGGAGAGGGCGGAGCACGAGCGGGAGCGCGUCCUGAGGGAUGAGCUGAUCAGACAGGAGAAGCUGGAACAGAUGGCGAGAAGAUUCGACAGGAAGGCUGCCAUGAGGGAGACCUGGCUUCUGGAGAACCAGAGACUCGUGGCUCAGGAUAACUUUGGUUACGACCUGCCAGCUGUGGAGGCAGCCAAGAAGAAGCAUGAUGCCAUCGAGACAGACAUCGCUGCGUAUGAGGAGCGAGUUCAGGUCCUGGUGGACAUCUCAAAGGAGCUGGAGUCUGAGCGGUACCAUGAUGCCAAACGCAUUGACGUGCGGAAAGACAACAUCCUGCGCCUGUGGGACUACCUGCAGGAGCUGCUGAAGGCUCGCAGGGGGCGUCUGGAUAAGAACCUGACCCUGCAGAGGAUCUUCCAGGAGAUGCUGUACAUCAUCAGCUGGAUGGAUGACAUGAAGGCUCGACUCCUGUCUCCUGACUUUGGGAAACACUUGCUGGAAGUUGAAGAUUUGUUACAGAAACACGCUCUGUUAGAGAACGACAUCGCUCUGCAGGCGGAGAGAGUGCAGAACGCCAGUGCUGCCGCUCUCAAGUUCGCCAACGGAGAUAGCUACAAGCCAUGUGACCCUCAGGUGAUCCGUGAAAGGGUGCAGCAUCUGGAGUUGUGCUACCAGGAGCUCUGUGCCCUGGCGGCCCAGCGGAAAGCUCGCUUGGAGCAGUCCCGCCGCUUCUGGAACUUCCUGUGGGAGGUGGCAGAGCUGGACAGCUGGAUUAGAGAAAAAGAGCACAUUUUCUCCUCGUUGGAUUAUGGCAAGGACCUGACGAGCGUGCUGGUGCUCCAGAGCAAACACAGCGCCUUCGAGGACGAGCUCGGGGCCCGCCGAGCCAACCUCGAGCAGGUCUUGGCUGAAGGAGAUAAGAUGAUCAGAGCCAAGCACUUUGGCUCCCCGAAGGUUCAAGAAUGCAUGGACGACAUCACGAGGCAGUGGCAGCAGCUGGAGGAGCUGGCUGCGUUUCGGAAACAGAACCUCCAGGACACCCAGAGGUUCUUCCAGUUUCAGGGAGACGCUGAUGAACUCAAGGCCUGGCUGCUGGACGCCAAGAGGCAGAUGAGCAGCGACGACGUGGGCCACGACGAGUACACCACCCAGCGGCAACUGAAAAAGCACAACGACCUGAAGAAUGAAGCAAUCAAGAACGGAGCCACCAUAGAUGCUCUGUCCAAACAGGCCAACGCGCUGCCAGAGGAGCUACAAAACACCCCUGAUAUCCAGAGACGCCUGAAAGACAUUAAGGACCUAUACAUGGAGCUCAUGUCUCUGGCUGACCUGAGACAGAAGAGGCUGGAUGACACUAUGGCCCUGUACACUAUCUUCAGUGAGACAGACGCCUGCGAGCUCUGGAUGGGCCAGAAGGAGACGUGGUUGGUGGGUUUAGAGGUGCCUGAGAAGCUGGAGGAUCUGGAAGUCGUACAGAAUAGGUUGAGCAUUCUGGCUCAAGACAUGGCAAAUGUUCAGUCGAGGGUCGACGAUGUCAACAAAUCUGUGAAACAGCUUGAGGACAGCAGACACCCUCGCACCAAAGAGGUCAAAGAAUGUCAGAUGCGACUGAAUAAGAGGUGGGAUGCAUUUAAGGCCAUGGUGGAAGACAAGAAGAGGAAAGUGGAUUCUGCCGUCAGUCUGAACAACUACGGGCUGGAGUGUGACGAGACAGAGACCUGGAUCAAAGACAAGACACGGGUGAUCGAGUCCACUCAGGAAUUGGGCAAUGACCUGGCAGCCGUCAUGACCAUGCAGAGGAAACUGUUUGGCAUCGAGAGAGACUUAGCUGCCAUUGACAGCAAGCUCACCUUCCUGAGGGCAGAGGCCGACCAGCUGGCUAAGGACCACCCGGAGAACGCAAACGACAUCUUGGCCCGCAGAGAUGAGCUGGAUGCCGCCUGGGACACGCUAAGAAAGACUCUGACAGACAGAGAGGACUCGUUGGGUGAGGUCAGCAAGUUACAGACCUUCCUCCAAGACAUGGAUGACUUCCAGUCCUGGCUUUUCAAGACCCAGAAGGCGGUGGCGUCAGAGGAAAUGCCCGCCACGCUGCCGGAGGCUGAGGAGCAGCUCAGCCUGCAUGACGCUGUGCGUGAAGACAUAAACAACCACGAGGAAGACUAUCAUCGUGUGAGGGACACCGGUGCUCAGGUCACCCAGGGUCAGGAGGAUGAUCCUCAGUACCAGCAGCUGGAGAAGACGCUGAAGGGGCUGGACCGCGGCUGGGUGGAACUGCAGAAGAUGUGGGACAGCCGCAAGAACUUCCUGGAUCAGGGCCUGGGCUUCCAGCAGUUCAUGAGGGAUGGAAAGGCUGUAGAGGCCAUCCUCAACAACCAGGAGUACACCUUGGCCCACAUAGACAAGCCUGACACGUUGGCUGGUGCAGAGAAGGCUCUGAAGAAGCACGAGGACUUUGUGAGCACCAUGGAGGCCAAUGAGGACAAGAUCGAUGGCGCUGUGCAGGGCGGACAGCGGCUGGUGGACAGCAACAAUCUGUACUCUGGGAGAGUGCAGGAGAAAAUGAACUCAAUCGGAGACAGGCAUAACAAGAACAAGAGGAGAGCCCAGGAGGUGUCAGAAAAACUCAGAGACAACCGCGACCUGCAGCACUUCCUGCAAAACACUCAGGAUCUGACUGUGUGGAUCAACGAGAAGAUGCUGACGGCUCAGGACACGUCAUACGACGAGGCCAGGAACCUCCACAGCAAGUGGCUGAAACAUCAGGCCUUCAUGGCUGAGCUGGCCUCCAACAAGGACUGGCUCAACAAAGUAGACCAGGAGGGCCAUGAGCUCAUGGAGUCCAAGCCUGAGUUUGAGCCCAUUGUGACGGAGCGUCUGGCCAAACUCCACGAGCUGUGGGACAAGCUUGAGUCCACGACUCAGGAGAAAGCCCGGUUGCUGUUUGACGCCAACCGCUCUGAGCUUUUCGACCAGAGCCUAACUGAUAUGAAGAAGUGGCUCACCGGGCUGCAGCAGCAGCUUCAGACCGGAGAUGAGGACGUCAAAGAUCUGACUAACGCCAACAUCCUGCUCAAAAAGCAUCAGAUGACAGAGAACCAGGUGCGUGACCGGGCGCGGGAGCUGGAGGAGCUCCAAGAGGCCGUCAGAAAGCACGGUGGAGGCAGGGAGGACCAGCCGGAGCUUGAGGCCGAGCAGCAGGCCCUGCAGAGGGACUUCCAGCAGCUCCUAACACCACUGGCCCAGCGCAAAGGCAAACUGGAGGCCGCCAAGUCUGUCCAUCAGUUCUACAGAGACCUGGCCGACGAGCUUCUCUGGAUCGAGGAGAGGAUGCCCCUGGCAAUGUCACAAGAGCACGGCCACAACCUUCAAACUGUGCAGAUGCUGCUGAAGAAAAACCAGACGUUGCAGAGGGAGAUCGAGGGCCACCAGCCCCGCGUCGACGAAGUGCUCGAGCGAGGAAGGAGGAUGGCGGCGGCCGCCAGUGCAGAGGGCAGACCGGAGGCAGAGCGAAUCACAGAGCAGCUGAGGGAGCUGGAGGAGGCGUGGGCCCGGCUGCAGGACGAGAUGGCCAAGCGCAGGGAGAGGCUGAACGGCUCCAGCUUGGCCCAGCACUACUACAACGACGCGGAUGAGGCCGAAGCGUGGAUAGGGGAGCAGGAGCUGUACAUGAUCGCGGAUGAGAAGGCCAAGGAUGAGCAGAGUGCCAUGCUGAUGCUGAAGCGCCACAUGAUCCUUAAGCAAGCCGUGGACGACUACGCUGACUCCAUUCAGACGCUAGCUGACCGUGCCCAAAAGCUGUUUGCCGAGGACCAUCCUGAUGGUGAGGAGAUCAUCAGACGACAGGGUCAGGUGGAUAAGCAGUAUGCGGGGCUCAGGGAGCUAGCGGAGGACCGCAGGAAGAAGCUGGACCACACCUUCCAUCACUUCCUGCUGAGCCGAGAGGUAGAGGACCUGGAGCACUGGAUCGCAGAGAGAGAUGUGGUGGCCUCCUCUCAGGAGAUGGGCCAGGACCUGGACCACGUCACGCUUCUGAGGGAUAAGUUCCGAGAGUUUGCACGGGAGACGGGGAUGGUGGGUCAGGAGCGAGUGGACAUGGUCAACGAGACGAUAGACGAGCUGAUCGAAGCGGGCCACACCGAGGCAGCCACCAUGGCAGAGUGGAAGGACACCAUCAAUGACAGCUGGGCUGAUCUGCUUGAGCUCAUCGACACUCGGGCUCAGCACCUCACUACAUCUUACGAACUGUUCAAGUACUUUGACGAUGGGAAGGAGCUAGUGGCUCAGAUCCACGAGAAGCAGAAAGAGCUGCCGGAAGAUGUGGGAGAGGACUUCAGCAAAGCAGAGUCCUUCCACAGAAUGCACGCUGCCUUUGAGAGAGACAUCAGCGCUCUAGGCAAACAGGUUCAACAGUUCCAGGAGACCGCUGCACGGCUUCAUGCCCAGUAUGCAGGAGGCCAAGCGGACGCCAUCCAGGCCACAGAGCGAGAGGUGGUGGAAGCCUGGAAAGGCCUGCUGGACGCCUGCGACGGCCGCAGGGCGCAACUGGUGGACACGGCUGAGAAGUUCCGCUUCUUCACCAUGGUGCGAGACCUGAUGGCCUGGAUGGAGAGCAUCAUCCAGCAGAUAGAGACGCAGGAGAAACCCAGGGAUGUCUCAUCUGUGGAGCUCCUGCAGAAGUACCACCAGGGGAUCCGCUCAGAAAUCGAGGCCAGGGGAGCAAAAUUCACUGACUGCAUAGACCUCGGCAAAGCCCUGCUGACACGCAAGCACCGAGACUCUGCUGAGAUCAAAGAGAAGCUGGUGCAGCUGAUGGAGAAAAGGAAGGAGAUGAUGUUCAAGUGGGACGACAGAUGGGACUGGCUCAGACUUUUGCUGGAGGUGUGUCAGUUUGCACGGGACGCCUCGGUGGCGGAGGCUUGGCUGAUCGCUCAGGAACCCUACGUAUCUAGUAAAGACUUGGGCCAUUCUGUAGAUGAGGUGGAGAAACUCCUCAAGAGGCACGAGGCCUUUGAGAAAUCCACCGCCACGUGGGAAGAACGCUUCUCUGCACUGGAGCGCCUCACUACGCUGGAGUUGUUGGAGCUGAGAAAUCAGCAACAGGAGAUGGAGCAGUUCAUUAAGGAGGAGCAGCGCUCAGAUAAGGAGAGCAGGAGAGAAGACACAGGUUUUGUGGAAGAAUCUUCGCAGCUCGGCACUGUUGAGGAACAGACUCUGUCUGCUUCUGGUGCAGUGGAGCCCAGUUCAGGUCUGCUGGAGGAGACAGCCGGUGACUCCACGGUGCCCAUAGUGUCAGAAAUGAGAGAGAGCGGUUCUCUGGAGCUGGAACCUUCUGUGUCAGUAGUGACCCCUAAAGAACCAGAGAGAGCUGCUACCAUGCCCGUUGAGACCGUCAGAGCCCAGACUGUGCUGCAGGAGGGAACGCUGGGCCGCAAACAUGACGUGGAAGGCUCAGGGAAGAAGGCAUCAAAUAGGUCAUGGAACAACCUGUACUGUGUGCUGAAGCCAGGCCAGCUCUCAGUCUACAAGGACGCCAAGAGUUUUGGCCACGGGGUGACGUAUCACGGCGAGGACCCCUUGUCCCUCAGUAAUGCCAGCUGGGAGAUCCUUAUCAACUACAAGAAAAAGAAGCACAUCUGCAAACUACGACUCGGAGACGGCAGUGAAUAUUUGUUCCAGUGUAAAGACGAGGAGGAGCUCCAGCGUUGGAGCCAGGCCAUGGAGAAGGCCGUUCAGCCCCUGGCAGCGGAGGAGGCGUCGGGGCCCUCAGGGGCCAAAGCCCACAGCCUGCCCCCACCCUCCUCCUCAACUGCCCUCCCUGAACCCAGCUCUGCCAAGAAAGACAAGGAGAAGAAGUUCAGUCGCUUUGCCAAGAAGAAGUGAAAGGGGAUGGGAAGGCCAUUGGGAGAGAGGGGGGGGGGUUGUUGCCUUGGUAACCUGGAAAGAGAAAGUAGUAUUUGUGUACAAUCAGUCAAAGCGAGCUUUUUAAUCACCAGAAUUUUUUAUAUUAUUUUGCGAGAAUUAACAUGAAUAUUGUAGUUUAGGUUGGAGCCAUCACUCUUUGCCUGUAUUUAAGCCAGUGUAUCUUUGCAAAGGUCCAGUUUGUUUUUUCUUUGUGUUCUUUUUAACAAAUGCCAAAUUCAGAGCAAUUAAAUUAAAGCACAGGAAUGCUCCUUUCACAUUCAACCAAAGAA